GUGGCACAAGAGAUGCUUGGCGAACGCUUCCGCAGGCAGAUGCUCAUGGAUGGGCACUACGCUGGCAACUUGGCCUUCGUCGCAACCUGCACGGAUGACCUGACGCUCUCGGAGCUGCGCAAGAACUUGAAGAUCGGCGAUGACGUGCCCCAGAAGGAGGCCGCAGUCCUCCGGAAUGAGAAGACCAAGGAGAGGAUUCUCGCAGACACUUUCGCGGGCAUCCGCCGGAUUCAGGCGCAGAGUGACAGCAAGAGGAGCAGCAACGAAGAGCUGCAAGCUCGUGGCAUCUUCCCAGCCGUCUUCACCACCUCUGCGCGCGACUACCAAAAGCUCCGCGGCCUCCUCGACACCAAGGUGGACGGUCGUGCACGGAUUUGGUCGACUGUGGAGGACACGGAGAUUCCAGCCUUCCGACUGUGGCUACAUGCGCAGGGCCGGAAGGCCGACCUUGCAGCGCUGGAGAGCGCGCAGCAGCGGACGCAGACUGUUCUGCAGAAGCUACAGGAGUCAUCCACAGGGGAGAUCGUCGAGCAGGGCCUCGUUCAGCGCUGGGCCGAGGACGCUCGUCACACGAUCCAGGCGGUGAUGGAUGAAGUCAUCCGAGGCUGCAUGAAGAAGGCCAAGACGGAGAUGCAAGAAAGCCUGAUGCAGCAGCUGAAGGUUGGCCAGCAAGAGGCCACGGAGGCCGCGGGCCAAAGCUUUGAGAAGAGGUGCCAGCCAAUGGGCCGUGGUGGCCUUCACUGGUGCACCUUCAAGGCCACCUGCCGCCGCGAGGGCGAGUGGCGCGAAAGCUUCAACGAGCUCCUGGCCGACCCGCUGAAUCGUGCCAUUGCCGUGAAGUGGGACCAGACGCUCAACAGCUUUCUGCCCCAGUGCGUGCAAGAUGCACUGGAUACGCUGUGCAGCGAGCUGUCCGAGCUGCAGAAGAAGCACCUCCUCCCUGGUCAGGCCUUCAAGGAGGCUGCCGAGUGGCUUCAGGGCCAGGGUCCUGGAAUCAAGGCAUCCAUGCAGAAGCGGCAGAUGGAGUUGAGCCGUCAGAUCAAGGAAACCAUCCAGGGCCUUAUGAGGCCCAGCUACAAGCAGGCUGCAGGGAUGUCUGGCGGUGGGACCGAUGUUCGGCAAAAGCAGGUCAUCUACACCCAAGUCAAGGAGCGCGGCGGUUCCAUGUUCCAGCGUGCAUGCGCCUUUCUGCAGGAAGAGCUGAGCCAGCUCUUGGCCAGCCUCGAAAAGAACUUAGCCGCCUCUGUGGCCACCGCCAUCGCUCGCCUGGAGCAGUCCAUGAUUCGGCUCAGCGCACAGGGCAAGGAGAUGGAGGCUCUCCGGUGCCUGCGUGGGGCCGUGGCCGAAGCCAUCGCAGAGCUGGAGAAGAAAGCCGAGGGCCGGAAAGAAAGCCUCCAGGUGCUGAAGGAUCUUGUGACAGCGAAAGUCGCACGUGCCCUCCCCACACCUCCAACCGAGAUCUCCACACGGAUCGACGCCAUCCCUAACGAAUUCAUCUGCCCAAUCUCUCAACAGGUAAUGGAGGACCCCGUCCAAACUGCAGAUGGCUACAGCUACGAGCGAUCGCAUAUCGCGGAGUGGCUCUCGCGGAAUUCCAUCUCGCCCAUGACAGGCAAGCAGCUCGAGAACAAGGUCGUGGUCCCAAAUCACAGCUUGCGGAAGCUGAUCACGGACUCGGGCCACGGCCCAAAGAUUUCCACAAGUUCUGGGCCUGCGGCGGAAGUUUCUGCAGAUGAGGACAUGGACGAGCAAGAACUGUUUUCCGUGCCCAUGGAAGAGGAGGAAUCUGCCGACAGGUUUGAGGUGUUCCCGGAAGUCAGUUCGCUGGCAGCACCGAGUGAUUUGGGGGCAGAUUUGGGAAUGGCAGAGGAUGAUGAGCCCAGGUCGCCGGAAGAAUCCGUGGAGAAUCAAAGCUUUGUGGAUGACACGAGGGUCGCAGCGGGCGAUUCUGAUCUUGACUUGGAUCAGCUCUUGGAGUCAGUCAUGAACGAGGCAAACUUGGACAACGAUUCGGCUGGCAAUUACAAUGGGCGCUUGGAUAAUGAAGAAGAGCUUGAAGAGCCGAUCUUGGGGGAAGGCCUUUUGCCUGACGGUGACGAGGAGCUCUUUCAAAGUGCAGACGAAGCGGUCGCAGCAGCGGCGUAG